CAUACAGGCAUCACUUUAGGAAAGCCCUUGAUAGCUGUGACGGACGAUCAAGAUGUGAAAAGGAUACAGAAAAACGUAAGAAGAGGUAACAGGAAAGCGAUAAAGGCUACCAAGUCUACCCUGAUACAGAAUAGUCCCUUGAGUGACAAUAAUUUUGCUGGGGUAUUGAAAGACACCGAAUCCAAAGAGAAUAACUUUCAAGGGAACGAUGCCGAUAAUAAAGGAUAUGUUGACGCAAGUCCCGAGGUAGAUGUAUUGACACCUUCAGCACUUGAAGAAAACGUUUAUGGUGAACUGGAAAAUCAAGACGCCAAGAAUUAUGGCUUCCAUGUUGAAAAGGAUGACUCUGGAGGGGAUAUUCUUCUUGGCCCUUAUACUCUAGAAAAUAAAGAGAUAAAACUUGAAAACGCAAGUUUGUCCCAGAAACUGACGUCUUCAGAAAAGCAAAAUUUACACAAGAAUGUUCGGCCAGUUAAAGACCAAUUACUGAAAGACCCACUAGCUAAAGUUUCAUAUUUAUUCAGCCAAGAAGCCAGUAGGCAUAAUUCAUCGGGGAAAGCUCCAUAUAAAAUAACAAGCGCAACAAAAAAAAUUGAUAAUUCAGCUGAUAAUGGACAAAAUUUCACGAAAAAUCAUAAUUGGGGAAAGAUUCCUGCAAGUAAUUCAACUUUCGUUGGAAAAAUGGCUGUUUCUAGUUCAUUGCCUAACAUCAAUAUAGGAACGACUCUUAUUAAAAGAGAAAGGAAUAUUUCAAACGAUAAACUUACUGAAAAUAAUCAAAAGGCUUUCAAUAACACACAAUCAUCUGAGAGAAGACUUGACAAUUCUAUGCAAGGGUCGGUAAACGCUCAGCUUCCAGAACUUAUCGAAAAUGUCAUAGAGCGUCUUGGUGACGAGGGGAGCAGGUUUGUUUCAAUGCAAUUGGCUAAACACCCAACAGUGAAGAACAUCUGGGCAAACGCAAUAGCACUGGCUCUUUUAAAGCAGAGUGAUAAAAUUUCACAUCUUGAUUUUGGACGAGCCUCAAACAACUCCUUGAAAGUUCUUCCGAAAGUUGACUCGACAAAAGUUAAAUCAACUGAUACUUUGCUGCAGACGAACGUCAACGGUGAGCCCAUAAGAAAGCCGGGUGACGGAUUUCCGUAUAGUUCUCAUGGUGCAAACCAUAUGGAGGAACCUGCACAUACUUUGGGCAUCACUAAUAAAACGUUUACCUUCACUGUAAUGAACACAUCUAAGGUGGCAAAAGAAUUGAACAGUAGCACACCCGCUCCUUCUUCAAAACUGAAUGUUGCCGAUCAAAAAAUCCACGACAGCGCUAAACCAGGCACACAAAACGAGAUAGCAAAGAAACCUAUAUAUCAGGCAGGCCAUAUUGGAGUUAUAAGUCAUAGUUUCAAUUUAAGCCAUCGGCCUUUACUUGAAUUCGACAAGGUCGAGCGACUUAAAGGCCAAAAUUCCACUGAAGCCAGCAAAGAACAGGUUUUAGAUAAAGGGCAACUUUUGACACCAUACGCAAAUGGACUGGUUUCCAGCGUAAACAAUAGUAUCCCUCUUCAGCGAAUUAUGAAGGAAAAACAAAGUGUGGGUGGCAAACAACUUCAAACAUCAAGCGCAAGUAAGACCGUCGCCUACGAAGGAAGCAAUGAGCAAGUGGGAGAAAAUGCUAAAGAGGAAUCUGCUGAGGAUAAAAAAUUAAAUGAUGAAACAAUGCUGGGAUCAAUGACAAAUAACGUCCCUUCACAAGAAUAUCUAAAUCAAGAAAUAGAUGGCCGUUUUCUUUUCAAUAACAUCACCAAGUUAGAUCCUGAUGAAGCCAAAUAUUUACAGCUAAAUAUGAUGGGGGACUCCAUGGUGAAUAGACAGUUCUCGGUUUCUGCAGCCAGCCCAUACAAUGGUAUGCAAGAGGAAGAUGCAAAAGAAGCAAGUUAUCUUGAACACCAAAUAAACGACGUUGGUCACAUUGUGGGACAAGUCUUACCCAAACCUAAAACAACAGUUUCAGAUUUAGAUACCGGGGAAGUAAAUUACGUUACAGGUCAACUUCUAGAUAAUCGACUUGGAAAAGCCGAAGUUGCCGAGUCGUUUGCGCGAGAUAACGGUUUGAUUAAGGAAGAGGAAAAACAGAAUUCGAAAAUUAUGGCUUCUGUCCAACAAGCGGACGUUCAGCAUCAAACCAACCCUGUCUUCGUUAGUCCUGACGGGAGAAAUGGAAAUAUGGAAACCAUUUCUGAAUCAACUAGUUCACCUUUUGAGAGGCUGCAAAGCGACAAGUAUGAAACACCGGUGGAAUCUAACCUUGAGGAUCAGAUGCUCAUAAGUCCUAAAACUGUCUCUGAUAUUUCAGCCGUAGAUCUUGCCCCUAUGCGCAGCCUUGUUAAUUUUGACCGCUUAACUGGCACGAAUAAACCGUCCUCGUCAUUUAGUUAUGAUUUACACAAUGACGGAAAUAACCAGAAGGAAGCGAUAAAUGAAGGCGACGAAGCAGAGUUGAUGACACCAUAUGGAAUGAACUCAUUACCAGACCACUUGGCACAGUUAAAAAAGAAAGAGAAAAUAGCGAAAACGUAUUCUUCCAAACACAAGGAGCGGAAAUAUAGAAGAAAAGCAAAUUUAAAGCAGUCGUCUUCGUUCCUGAGGAAAUUAAACCUUCCCAGAAAGCUACGGCUUAGCGAUUCCUUGGCAGUCAAACCGACAAAGUCACGGAGUCAACCAGGGACUCGUGACUCCGAGAUAAGUCCAACUUCUGUUAUAUUUGGAUUGACAGCAAAUGAAAUGAAAGAGAUUGAAAAACACUUGGCUCAUGGUUCAAACAGAGCUGAAGCAGAAACGUCUGGUAACCUUCAAGAGUUGUCACCUGAGACAGUGGCUUACUACGAGGUCAAGCCAAACGACGAAGAACAAAAAAAGAAGGAAAGGUCACUAUUACAAUUUAUGGAUAAACCGCUAAAAGUGAAGAGACUAAAAACGGAAAGGAAACAGCUUAGUCAAAAUAGAAUUGCCUCUAAAGCAAUACAGGAAAGAAAAAAUGUUACGCCAUCUAGAAAGGGAAAGGUAUCUCAUGUUUUGUCGUCAGUCCAUAAAAGAAAAAAGGCCAAAGAUAACUCAAACGUUAGAAGAGAUCUGGAGUCCUGGGAGGGCCACACGGACGUGCUUAACAGUGACUUGGAACAAUUACGAGAUCUGAGCCCAAACGUGCAGGAAGAUAUUUCAAACGUUAUCUUGAAGGACUACGAAGGAGAUCAAAGAAAUGUCAAAGGAUUGGAGUCAUUUCCAUUUGACGAACAAGACCCUAGUUACGCAUUCGAGCGUUCGUUCAAAAAUAAGAAACAAUCAGCAGGUAAAGGCGAUUACAAGGGUCACAGGUACACACAGGGGCGAUUAGACGUCAAAAGGAGUCCGGAAAAAAUGGGGAAUGAAAUAAGUAAAAAGGAAUUCCAGAAAAAGGGUACCCUUUCUCACGGUAGUAAGUUAAGCGACGCCACAAUGGCCGAACCUAUUGUCAUGAAAGAGAACAAACUUCUUAAUGGUGACGUUGUAUCAUUGGAUGAUGUAGGACACUUGGAUGCUCAAGGUUUAAUCCUUGAAACGCUGCGAAAAGAAAGUGAAGGUGACCUGGAUUAUGUAAAUACCGUUCAAGUGGACGAUGUAAGCAGAAUUAAAAACAUGUUUCAGAAAGUAGGUGUCGAAAUCGGUGUAAAACGACAUACAGGCGCACAUCGAAAGAAGCCCAACAGGGCAUUCCAUUCAAGGACGAGAAUAUUACCAGAGAAAAGAGAUUUAGGAGAAUUCAGCACUGAAUUUAACGAUGGUACGUUUCGAAGCCCUGAAUUUGAGAAGCAGUUGUCUCGCGCCUUGAUACAAGAAAGACAACAUGAUUUGACCUACUUGGGUGCAGUGCAGGCAAUGGAUGAUCCUGUAUUGAACAAGAUGAUGGAUCAUCCGGAUGAGCCAAUCAGUUCAAGAACCAUUCUACAAAACCAAUUCAAGAGUGCGUUUCCGAAAGACGAUAGUAGUGACGACGGGUCUCUUGAAAAAAGUCAAGAGAAACUGAGAGAGUUUAUUCACAGUUCUAGUCGCCAGUAUGAAGAAGCCGAUGCAAUGAAACAACGCACGACAGACAGUAUCAAAGACAGUGUUUUUCGUGAUUUGACCCCUGAGGGCAAAGUCUUGAAUUCUGAUUACAAGGAAUUGACAAAUUUUGGUACAGACGACCAAAAUCAGCUCGCAUCAGUGCUACGAAGUGUGAACAGCGGUGACCAAAACGAUUUAAAAGAGUUGGAAAAGAUUGACAGCGCUGAUGAAAAAGAAGUGGAAAGUCUUUUCAGGCCAAUAGCGGGGACAUUUAAAAGGUCUAUUGAUGAGAAGCCAGGCAUUGCGAGGGAAGGAGCGAUAGAAACCAUUGCAGACCUUCCGGAUCACGGUUCUAAGGAAAAGAACAUAGUAAAUAAUAUUGCAAGUGAUUUUAGCAAGAAUGGUAAGAACAACUCUGAGAACUGACUCUUUCUUCAAUUACUUUCAAGACUGCAAAUUUGAAAUGGAAGAAAGAAUGAGUGAGAUCUACAGUCAGCAAACAAUAAAAACGUUUUUUAAGUACAAAACAUCAAAACGUUUAGAAAAUAAACAGAAUAUUGGUAAAGUAAUGUGUUAAUAUAUAGACAUAUUAAAUUCUGAAAACAGAACACUGCAAUGCUGAUCGUACUACGUGAAAAUUAACUGUGCAAGACAUCAACUCGACACCGAGAACUCAAACCUUAGACAGCUGUUUCGCUAUCAUUGUAGCUCAUCAGUAUGGCGUGACAGACAGAGAGAGGAGCUCUGUUGGAAAAUAACCCCGUACACUCUGAUUUAAGCCCUAACCUAGAGCUCCCAACACCCACAAAAUCACGCCAUAUCACGUACAUCCUAAAGGACAAGAGUCCAAGUGUCAAGUUGAUGUCUCGCAAAGAAAAUAUAAAGGAUUGACCAAAACCAACCUCAAAAACAUGGACAAAACUAAGCAAAAUUACAUUACAUCAGAUCUAUAAGAUAGAUCUACGGCCCCAACAUACAUACAGUGUUCUGUCUUCAGAUAUUUGUUAUGUGUACUUGUUAUUUUUGCUGGUCAGGUCUUUAUAGACUACGUUCUUCGGCAUAUUUGUUUGCAGUCGUUUGCAGUCCUUUCUGGUUAAUAAAUAGUUGAGCUUUUACAGAUUUCUCUGUUCUUCCGUGAUUAAUAUUUAUCGGUGCCAUUCUUCAUUUAUUGUAACAUAUCAGACAGGUCAACAUUAUUUAAAUUCAGUUUUGAGGAUUUGUAUCGGUACGAGUUGAACAUUACCUUCUUAAAUCACUAGAAUAACCCUUGUUUGAUUUGUUAUGGUUUAGAUGGAUUAAAAUUCCCAGAGUAAGCUAAUCAGAUCGCGCAGAACUUUUCUUAUCACAAAGGUAUCAUCUGACUGUGGUCAUUUACAUUUGCUUAGAUUCAAACUUAAUGUGGAGUGCAUGGUCAAAGUGUUCAAAGACUUGUGGGAACGGGAGCAUGAAGACACACUCGAGAUAUUGCAUUGAAAAAUCAUCAUCAGACAGUUUUGUAAAAUGCCCAGGAUGGAACCACCAGAUGGUACCCUGCGAUGUCCCCAAAAACUGCCCAAGUAAGGUUUUCCACUGAAAUAAACUCAAAGAUCCCUUACCCUCUCACUUAAGCAACGAAUUAACUAUCAUGGAUUUAUAUUACAGACUAAGAUUGUGACUUGAAGCAGUAAAUCAAGAAUUAAUUGUUAACACUGAAUAAAGCAGUACUGAAAUCGUUGAGAUGCUCGUUCUUCUACUGGCUGUAGUUUAUAAGUGACGUAAUCUCGUGAUAUGUUACUUGCAUGUGUAACAGGCACUUGGAUUGGCAAUUAAGAGGAAAUUGGUAACGUUCGUUACGCAUUUUGCUAAUCUUGCUCAAAGAGAAAUGAGCAAUGAAGAUUUUUAUCAAGUGGCUUCGAAAGGGCACUAAAAGGCCAUUUUAAAUUGUAUUGACGAACCUUGGAAACUGCCCAUACACCUACCACUCCCCUAACCCAACAUUUUGCCUUAAUUGAGAAUUUAGUUUCAACAGUGGGUUACAGGAGGGGUUGGUGGGAAGCUGCCCACCUUCCCCUCCACUAAGCCAAAAUUAACCCUUAGCAAGAAGCUAGGGUUAACACUGGGUAGGGGAGGGGUAGAUUGGCAAAUUUACUAGAAACUAACAUUUUACUUUUUAUAAUUGACGAUUUGGUGUUGUUUGAUUGUCGUAGUUAACGGUGGAUUUACCAAGUGGACGGAGUGGUCUGCAUGCUCAGAGACCUGCGGUCCUAAAGCAGUACGCAUGCGCAUGCGUCUUUGCACGAACCCUCCUCCAGCUUACGGAGGGAAAGAUUGUUCCGGUUGGAGAUUUGAAGUUGAAUAUUGUAGAUCCCAGGAAUGUCCACAUACUUCUGGUAAAUAAUUUUCUUAAAAUUAGAAAAAGACAUCUCAAAAUUUUUCUUAAAAGGCGGUAGGUUAAGAGCACGAAAGUUGCUUUCUUUAAGUCAAUAGAGGGAACACAGGACCUUUAGAUUGGAUUACGGGUAUGACACUGAGUACCAGAUUUCUUCGUUCCUUAUUGCCUUUAGCCUCAGGGUUACCUCUUCAUAACCAGCGAGCAUUGACCAAAUUUGGGAAACAUAAAUGUUUAGUAAACUGAAACACGGACUGACUGACGCCAGGAAAAGACAGCGAUACGUCGGUUCAGUUCUUUUGGCAAGAAAAUGGUAAAAAGUUCAGUUCAUCAAAAUAGCAAGAUUAUUGCCUCAAAGAAGGGAAAAAUAAGCAUAAAAACACCAUCCAAAGGAAAACCACUACUUUUUGAAGAGUAUCUGGAAGAAAAGCAUCCGUUUACAUCCUGGAAUAGGAACAGGAAUAUAGGUGUAAAAUAUUUUGAACGAAUAUUAAGAAAACGUCGGGAAAUGCACAAACAUUAAUGUUACAAGUUCCUGUGAUAAUUGUUAAAAAAAGACUUGCUAGUUUGAAGGCUGAUUGGAUGAACGGCGUUUAUAGUAAGCGGCCCAGAUGAUGUAAUGAAUUGUAUGAUAUUGAUAGUGUAUGGUAGGGUAUCCAGUGAAUGACGCUUUCCACUGGUCAAAUAUUCCACCAAUUGCAUUAUACACCAGGACCAGGACUGUAGUCAUAGCUUGAGAGCUUUAAAUAUGGAGAAUCAAUGAGCCAUGGCCUAAGCCCUUUAAAAGUGAUAAUUAUGUCUAAAAAUUGUUAAAAUGGUUUUUAUUGCAAAGGACGAGAGGUAGCAAUUGUAUCUUUAAAAGGGGAACUCGUCUAGUCAUUUUCUUUAACAGCUACAGCAGCCUCAAAGACCACGAAGGUUUUGCCUGGUUUGCAAAAGUCAAAAACAAACAAACGGAUCAUUUUCAAAACUCUUUCUGCAACGCCUUUAAUCGAGGGGAUGGCAAGCAAGCAGCAAAGCGCUCCAACUAAAACCAGCGUCAACGAGGGGACUCCCUCCAGGUACAGUGGAUUGGCAAGUGUCGAGCAGGAUAUGGGAGACGUGCAGUCACUUCUAAACAUGCAACAAAGUACUCCUAACUUUUCGAACAUGCUCGGGUUUAAAGAGUUUAUGGGACCACCACACGGGUCUGCCUUUUUACCCGGCUCUCUUCGACCAAACAUACUACCCGGUAUGAGGACAAUGCCACGAGGACCACAGGAAACCUACGAAAAUGGGGGGAACACUAUUCACUUGCAAGUUAGUAACGAGAAUGUGGGGUUCACACCUUGGAGUGAGUGGACGAGUUGCAGUGCUUCAUGUGGACGUGGAGUUCGAACGCGAACGCGUUCAUGUUUAAGCAGUUAUAAUGUAAUGGGUGUCGACCGUUCGUGUCUAGGACCUACAGUACAGACCAGACGCUGUCGCAUUCAAAGAUGCCCAGGUAAUUGGUUUUAACGAAAAAGUGCCCAUUGGCGACUAUUACUUUGAAAAAACAUGCAUACAUUCCAAUAUCAAGGCCUCAACGAAGUAACCGCAAAGAGUAAUAAUGUAAAUUUUGAAGUAAUUUUGGUAACGUUCUUCUUUGGACUUGAAAUCUUUAGUCGAUGGUUCCAAAGUUUGUUACUGCAUGAGCUUCGCUCUUCAUAGUGCCUCCUUUUGAUAUGAUGCUUUGGGUGAGAUAGAAAAGUAUCCCUUGCGCUGCGGGGGGAUUCGUGGAAAUAGGAGGAGAUAGUUGAGGUCACCUACUUCGUCCAGCCCACAGAAGCAACUUGUUUGUGUAUGAGUUAAAGGUUCGUUUUCACACUCAUUGACUCAUUUUUGACCUAACUUUUUCUUAUUUCAAGUGGACGGCCAGUUUACACCAUGGAGUGACUGGUCUGAAUGCUCCAAAACUUGUGGUUCUGAUUCUUACCGGAAGCGCGAGAGAACUUGCACCAACCCUCCCCCGAGGUACGGUGGAGAAGACUGCGAGGGGAGAUAUGCGGAAAGGCAACACUGCCUGAAGUCUCCUUGCCUCCGUAAACUGGAUUUUUAUAAUAUGAGCAAAGUGUUUUACGAAGUUGUGAAUUCAAGAAAAGGUUAGAACUCCAUUACGGUUCUCAUUUCCUAAGGGCUUAACUCCCUUUUACUCCUAAGACAGCUAACAGGGAACAUUUUUGCUCCUAAAUCGAUGACGUUGUAUAUGGAUGGCUCAAAUUACUGUUACACUGUUUUCUGUCUCGGAUGGGAAAUACCCUGUCUCUCUGCUCAGUCUAUUGGUACCUGUCAUGGCUUACCCAACAUCUGUGUAUAAAUAUCUGUGUAUUGUAUUAAGAAGCAUGCUUGAACAAAUUCCAACACCCAUUUUCCUGAAUCAUUAUGUUUUGCAGUUAAACCCACAACAAAUUCUACCGAUGGAUUCACUGAGUGGGGCCCGUGGUCGCCUUGUUCGAAAACCUGUGGUUCAAAUGUACUGCGCGUGCGUAAACGAUCCUGUUUUAACUCGAGCAGUCAGAGCUGCACUGGCUCCACAUCAGAAGUUAAACCGUGUUUUCUUCCAAAAUGUCCUCAUGAUCUCGCUUUGAAUGAAGAUUUAGGGAUUAAUGGAAAGAUCUCGCAUAACAGUGAGUGUAAUUUUCUAUUUAAAUCAGUGCGAUUUAUUGAAGAUGGAAUUGGAAUUCAAUUAUUUCAGGCAGGUUCUCAUUUGUCUCAAGUAGGAUGCAACCAUAUUAUUUCCCCCUUAAUUGUUUUACUGUGUGGAAGAGAUAAACUGUGGGAGAGGCUAAAUUGAGCCUCAAAACAUCUGCAACCUUCGAGGGUGAGUUCUACAUGUUUGGUGGAAGAAAUCUUUUUUCCCCAUGAUAAGAGAGUGAAAAAAUUACCUCAACAUACAAUUCUGUUAUUAUAUCAUUUUCAGACAUAUCCUUCGUGGCAGGCGCGGUUAGGUUUUAUAUAGAAUGCGCGAGAACCUGCUACGCAGGCUAUUUCAGACAUUAGGAAAGUAUUUACAUAUUCUUUGUCACUGCCACUACGUUUAGCUCUGCCGAAUGUAAAUACAUCUCUGAAAUGAAUGAUACCCACUGAUCAGAAAAAUUGCGAUUGGAGGAAACUGACCGAACCUUAAAAUGACAUUAAUACCGUUACUUUUGAGACAGUCUCCGUGAAGAAUGAAUUCGAUUGGAGCCCUUGGUCCGAAUGUUCAAAGACGUGUGGUAGUGGCUCUUACCGUAAACGCGAGAAGACGUGUUCGUUCUCUCUGAUGGAAAAUGAUGGAAAGCUGUGCAUUGGUUCGAAUAUCGAAAAGAUGGCGUGUAAUGUGCCUUUAUGUCCUGAGCAAGAAGCAGUCAGGCCUAACAAUACCCUCAUAAAAGGUGAGUGACCAAAAAAGAAAAAACGAAGCUUCUCUUGUCUACUGAAGGGGGAGAUUUGUCGGAGAAAAACAAUCACAACAUCCUUAGUGAAGAAUUUGAUAUCUAUAAAUGCUUAUUGGUUUCUCCCUGGGAAGGGAGGAGUCCGACGUUUUGUAUUCCAUCGAGGGUGGUAGUAUUACUGUAGUGUAAUUAUUCUCUUUACUAGAGUACUACAUGGAAACUGUUAAAAAAAUGUCGGGCAAAAAUAACGUCAAGUUACAGUCGGCAAAUUGAGUUUGCUUCCGCCUUUGAGACCGAAUUGAUUUGGGUCUCUCUUGUUUAGCUUGUUUAUCUCGCCCUGCCUUCCUAAUUCUCAUCUAGCAUAAUGUCGAACCCCCACGUGCGACCCCUCCCAUAAACGAUACCUAUCCGGUAAAAAGCACCAGAAUCUUCGCUUACAAGCCCUGUAGUUAAGUUCUCGUAGACGACUGCGACCACUUUUUGUGGUCACGGUUCUUUAAUGUUCCAUCGUUUCUUUCCUCUUGAGGUAAGAAACCACUUGACUCAUGAUCUGACAUCUACGUUUUCAGUAUCUACUACACUGAUCACAGUAUGCGAACAAUUUUUAGUACAACAUGGAACUUCACACGUUGGUACUAAGAAAUUGCAUACAAUAAUUUUUUUCCAAACAGAAGAUGUGUUUGGAAUUCUUCUCGGAACAGACUCCCAGUUGUUCGAUUCUUGUAAGCGACAUCUAAAUCUUCGAAUUUCGGGUGGUCGCUUACAGGAGAGCCAGAAGUCGGAGAUUAUUAUGAUAGUUCCGCUUUAAAAUUACUAAGCAAUGACUUACAGUUUUGUUAACAGUUCGCCUUUCCAUUCAUUAUCUUUCACUAAUAUAUUGCUUUCCUCUCAUUUUCUGACAGCUUUAAGUGACACAUUAGAUACAUUGAACGAACCAGUCUCAAUAGCAGCUAAUUCAAAUCCUCAACCAUCUCAGCCUCCAAUCACCUCAUCAAAUUCAUCAGCGGUUAACUCAUCUUCAGAUUCAGGCUAUUCCGAUUGGUCGCCUUGGUCAAAGUGUUCCGCCACGUGUUCGCCCAAAGCUGUGAUGUCACGUGAACGAACCUGCAAAGUGAAGACGGGUUGUCAGGGACUGUACAAACAGACCAAGCCAUGCCAGUUGGUCAAAUGCCCGGGUACGUUUUCACCUUCCAAAAGAGGAAAUGAAAUUGGUUGAAAAGGAAUGUAACUAUGCUAAUUGCAAUCUAAGUUGCGAAGCUGACUUGUAGUCGAGAUUUAAUUCAGUACUUCUGUAUUUAUCAGUUAAUUUACAUGCAACUUUGUCUCAGCUGGAAUUUCUGAUCGAGAAGAGCCAACAUUAUCUUUUCGUUGAAACAUAAAAUUAAAACCCACAAGAAACAGAAGUUUAUUCGCUCCUUUUCUAACAGACUUUACUCUUCGUGUAUGACCUAAAGCGCCAAAAACUAUUAGGUUCUUACUACCCGACAUUUUUAUGGUUGAACAUGACCCCUUUGUGUUUUGUCGUCAGUGGAUGGAGGAUUAACUGGUUGGACAGCAUGGUCAGCUUGUAGCAAAACCUGCAACACCAACGCGGUUAGUACCCGGCAGCGUUACUGUACUAACCCUCCCCCACAGGGUAAUGGAAAAGACUGCGUGGGUCAGAGGAUGCAAGCAAGACCAUGCGCAUCACAGAAAUGUCCAGGUAAACGUAAGAUAUGAUAUACAACAUGUUUGCGAAGAUUUUGUCUUUUUAUUACUUUCUGGUAUUGGUAAGCUGAACUCUUCAGUCAUAAAUGCUUUUCUUUUUUGAAAUUUGUGACGUUUUAUAAUGUUACGGAGCUACAUACUUUACUGUGGCACUAACGUUUUCACAGACAUACAUAUAUAUAUUAAAGAUGUCAGUUUAUUUGGCGAAUCGAUCAGUUCAACUUAAGGACCUUAAGUAAACAUUAACUUAAGAUUGUAGUUUGUUGAGGCGAGCCCGGCCUUCUGCCAACCUCUCAAAUUAAUGUAAAUUAAUUCAUUUGGGGGUAGGCAAAAGGCCGGGCUCGCUUCAACAAACUCCAGUCUCAAGUUAAUGUUUACAUAAGUAGAACUGAUCAAUUCGCCAAAUAUAGUGACAUCUUUACCCUCACCUGAAACUCAUUUUCAUUGUGAUCCAGACCUGAAGACCAUAAUAAAAGGCAGUACUUUAGCACAAUUUAAAAAAAAGGAAAAAAUAUAUUCACCCUUAGUCUAACACAACUCAAAGGUGUAACGAGAGUAAAGAUUUUGAAAACCUAGUCGCAUUAUACGUUGCAGUUAACGGUGGUAUGUCAGAGUGGUCCUCGUGGUCUGUGUGUCGAUACUGUGGGAAAUCAAAAAGAAAAAGAAAACGGAAGUGUAACAACCCACUACCAGCAAAUGGGGGAAAACCGUGCGCAGGGCCACUAGUUCAGGAGAUGAAAUGCCCUAGGAAACAUUGUAAAUGUAAGUCACGUUUACUACGGCCUGGUUUACAUAUAAGGUACAAGAAUAUGUUCAAGCGGCAUGACGCAUCAUUAGAAUUUUUUUUACUAGGUAUAGGUUUCAUAUGGAGAACUAUUUUUGAACGAUAGUUUACUAACCAGGUGUCGUUGGCCUUUGUUUCAGCAACGCUGGGAUUUGGUCCGUGGUCUUCAUUUAGUAGAUGCUCCCAUUCGUGUGGUGGCGGAGUGAAAAAAAGAAGACGCAGAUGUCGAAAACCUUCACACGGCUGCCACGGACCACGCGUUCAAAGGAAACGAUGCAACGAUCACAGUUGUCCAGGUGAGUGUACAUUUUUUCUCUAACACCAAACCACUUGACGGGUAAAAUACUGCAGCCCAACCUUCACCUAAAAGUGGAUACUCCUUGAAUAGGAAGAGGGGUAAGUUUUAACUGGAGGUGGACUUGCAUGGCCGGCCUUAGUGGAGAGGUUAUUUUGGCAGCUUGCGACCCUUUUUAGUUGCCUUUGUGGAUAGGCGGCUGUUUUUUAGUAGUGGAGUUAGACGGCCCUUGUUAAGAUUUUUUUUUUUGGCAACUUGGAGCGCACUUUAGCGAUUAAUUGAUUAUUAUGGAGUGCUGCGGAAAUCGAGCGGAAUUUGUAAACCAUAGGAAUACGUGAACGUUGAGGGGAGGUGACUGUUGUUAAAGGUUCGACUGCAUUUUCGGUUACAUUCACAGAAAGUGAAAUUCGUUCAUUUAAAGGUCAAAUGAACAAAAAUUCGACAUUCUUUAUUUUAGUUCUAUUCUACUGAAAUGUGUUUAAUAUGAACCAAAUAAACAUACCAUGAAGUUUCAGCUCAAUUGAAGCAAGUAUCUCCGAGAUAUUCGCAAUUAAAAAUUGCUGUUUUUUCGCCCUUGUCUUCGUAGAGCGAUCGGAAAAAUUGUCGGAAAAAACAGCUUGUGACGUCAAUGUUGGUCAGGUGAAAAAAAAGCGGGAAAUUCAAAACAGAGUUUUUCGAGUCGGCUUGGCGCAGAAGUGGUUUGUGCGGCCAGAAACCUGAAAAGAACAGGCAAUUUGUCUUUAACGACAUUUACUAAUUUCCUUGAGUUGUACUGGAAAUGUGCGUGCGUAAGUCCGAUUUUUUUCAAGAUGCAUUCACAAAAUGUGUUCAUAUAAGGAAGUUCCUGGAUAUAUAAGGUCCGAAGCUCCACCGUGGACAAAGAAAUUCAAGUUUGCCGGCCACAAUGUGUUUGAAGUCACUGAACUUUGUCGCACUCGGGCUGAUAUUUUAAACGCUAUAGCCACAGCGUAUUUUAAAACCCACGCUCGAUCGGACACUUCUAGCUUCGCAGAUCACUAAAAUAUUUCAUGAAAAAAAUAUAGGGCUUAAGGCUCUUAUACCUGCUGACAAAGAAGUGAAUUUUCUGUACGGAAACAGCCUACUGUGAAGAUCUUAAAAGCAAAAAAUCAGUUGAAAGCUUCGCAGCCAAGCCAUGAUUCCGACUACUUCAAUGUAGCUAGAUUAGCUAUUUUUAAUAACUGGUUCAUGCGAGGGUCUUCAUUCAAGCAAAUUAAACUCAGCAAACUCCACAUAAGGAUUUAUUUUGCUCGCUUCAGUCAAAUCCAGCUCCAGCAAUUGUUUACGGGCAAAGAGUCGAUUGUUUUAUAGUCACUACCGGCAGUUGUCGUUCUCCACUCAGUAAGAUAACAAAACUAUGUACAUGUAAUUAAAACUGAAAAAACUAAAGAAAAAAAAAAUUCUGACUAUUAUUACUUGAGCAACAGAAAAAUGAUCGAAGUAGUCUUUUCUUCUCGAGUAAGCUUGCUGGCCUUCUUAAGUUCCGAGAAAGUUUUUAAAACUUAAAAACUUAAAAGCGCACAAGGUUGUUCACUCGCAUGCGUUAGCCGUUACGGUUAUUUGACUGAAGACAAGGAUAAAGCUAAUUCUGCAAAGGUAAAUAAAUCUGGGCAUGUAAAAAAAGUAACCAUAACUACUAAUAAGAGAAUACAAGCAGGUUUUAAUUCAACCCGGCGAAAGAAGGCGAAGCACUGGACACAAAAUCAACUCACAAAUCGAAUGCACAAGUAUUAGAAAAAUACAAACCUGUUUGGAAAUGUUCAAAACGUUUUCUUCCACCUCAGACUGACGGAAUGAUCUGUUUUUACUCUAACAUCGGUUGUUCUGAAUCCAAAGUAAUUUUCAAGUGACGAAAAAACAACAACAACAGAAACAAAAAAAAAAGCCUUUACAACGAGCAAACGUUCGCACCUCGUGUAUUUCAUUCACUCACUCAGAACUCUCAAAGAACGAGACAAACAAACGCGACAAACGCAGACGAUAAAGGAUGCGCAGAAGCUUGCGCAGAACGUUUUUCCGCCCUGAAAGACCAACAUUCACGUCACGUAGUCUCCAGUCUACAUGGUCUAUCACGCGGCCAUUUCAGAAACGUUUUCGUGAAGUCAUCGGGAAUGCUCGAAUUUUGAUCUUUUAUCUUUCUGUGAAGGCUUGGGAAGAAAAAUCUUUACCCAAAUCUCACUUAGGAUGGUUCUUUUUAGUGUUUGGUGAAGGUAAAGCGACAAAAGAAAAUAUGCCAAUUUUUUGGUUCAUUUGACCUUUAACAAGUAUUUUGCGAACUCCAGUGAUUUUUUUCCUUUUUAACCUCAGACGAGAAUUUCCUCAUUCGGAAGGACCCAGUUGAAAUGUGCGGCUAUCAUCCUUGCAAGGUGGCUAAAUGUUUAACCACUCCCACAAACAUGUGUGUAAGCGACUCCGAAUGCAAACCAGUUUUCUUUAACACGAAUGGAAAAAUUAUCGAGUCAUGCAAAGGUAAGAGUUUAAAACUUUCUGUGGACACUCUGGUCAUGAUUUAUUUUGACAGACUGGUUGUUAAGGUCUUGUUCUUUGAACCUUGUUAUAGAAGUUGUAUUUCCGGACGUGUUCAUUUGCUGCAUAAUUCCUAAUUUCCACGUAGAUCUAUAUUUUCAUGUUGUUUAUUUUCGGCUGGGCGCGCGGGUUGGACAAUUCUUUGACAUAAAAUGGAGCAUUGGUUUAAAUUUUUUAUGAGUAAAAACUACAUUCUCGUCAACCCUGUUUGGUUGUAGAUCAGAAAUUCCACUUCAAGGCUUACGCCUAGAAGAGAUCGAUUAACGAACUAGGCAAAACAAACUACACAUUUUUUAUUAUUGCAGGAGAUGCAGUUGUGCUAUCUGUUCCUCCAGAACAAGUUUGUCAUUUCAACCCCUGUGAAAAAUCUGCUUGUUUCACGAAUGAAGCGGAGCGCUGUGUAGUGUCCUAUAAGUGCAAGCCUAUCUUUUUUGGUGCAGACGGAGAAAGAGCUUACUGCAGAGGUAAGUGAUUGACAUGUUGUUAAAUAACUAUUAGGCUAUGUUUAGAUUUAGUGCCCACUCGCUCGUUCCUGGGUACUAGCACAAAAUGGUGUUCUGCUCACACCGUGGGUGCCCUAUAUGUAACUGUGUUUGCUCCAUAUCACCCCGUCAGAAACCAUUUUGAAGCGUGAGUGACAAGGAAGUUAGGGGUACGAAAACAGUAUAUAAGGUCUCGACUGUGUACACGAGCGUCGGGCGUGGGUACCAUAAAAAGGGUGUUCCAGGUAUUGGGCCCAUUGGUGCCCAGCUAUUACCGUACUCGGGCACAACGUAUGAACAAACCCUCCACGUUUGUGCCACCAUAGUUCAUUAUCAUGUUUGUACCACUCAGCGACUUUCUUCUUUAAACUAACAGGCAUCUUAACAGUACCCGCCACUACGAUAUGCGGCUUCGACCCAUGUUUUGAAAAGGCAUGUAAAGUUGACUUGACAGCUCACUGUGUCGCCGACGCUCAGUGUAAACCGACGUUUAUUACCAAUACUGAACGAAUACUGGACGAAUGCGUAGGUAAAUAA